AAAAAAAAAAAAAACUGAAACUCUUUCUUCCUAUCUCCCUUUUUUUCUUAUUUUUUUAAUUUUUUUUUGUGUCUGCUAAAACAACAGUGUAUCUAUUAGAUUGAUGUGUUUGAAAGUGUAUAAGAUUUUAUCGGUAGACUUACUGUUUCACUUGUUCUUUACUUUAAUCAUUUAAUUCAUUCAUUCAACUUUCAAUCCUAUUCUUUGUUUUUCGUCUUUGUUUUCUGGGGGCUUGGAGAGGGAAAGAGGACGGGAUCGGACGGCUGCCGAUCUUCUGCUCAGGUCCAUCGUACAGUUAGGUCCUUCUCUUUGUCAGCUCUUCUCCCCACGUAAGUCUAUCCAUCUCUCCAACUCUCCAUCUCCAGUUUCCACCACCUGAACUCUGCACAAUCAAUGGCUAAAAAUGCACUUGCCUUUUUAGGCCAACUUUUCAUCUCUCUCUUCGCCUUUUCUUUUUCCGUUUUAUAUUAUUAUAUAAAAUUUAUUCAAUCAUUUCCUUAUUAUCUCUCUUUCUGCACUAUUGCUUCUCUCUCGCUCUCUACGUUGUUGUCUUCCUUUAAUAAAUCUGCUCUUGCACUAAUCCGAUUAAUUGUUUCCAUUGCCUACUUACAAUUACUUUUCUUUUUGUUUUUAAUAUAAGGUUUUAUUUUUUUUUUCUAAUGCUGUUUUUAUUGCAUGCAAUGAAGCUUUCUGAGAUUUUUUUUUUGUUAUGGGUUGAUUUAUUUAUCAACACUUAAAAUUUUCUUGAUUAGCUUAAUAUUAAAGCAACCGUUUUUAUUCUUGAAUUAAACUAAUUUUUUUUUUUAUCCUUUAGAAACUUUUAGCAUGAGUUUUAAACUGUUAUUUGUCUUAAACCCUACAGUACUUUUAUUUUAUUUUUUCCGAAAAAAAAAAAAAACAGUGUAGCAACUUCUGAGGAUCAAUGAGUUUAUUUAUAUUUUUAAUGGGUUUAUAAGUUUAACUAUGAUCUGCAUGUAAAUCGAGUUUCACUUUGUUCAAAAGCUUUUAUUUUUUUUCGGACUUAAGAUUUGUUGAUUCUCUGUAUGGAAAGUGAUUAUCAGAAAGGAAUUUGCAUUUGUUCUUUUUAUACAGUGCGUAUGGAAUCCUUAGUGGGUGUUAUUGCAUUUGUUCUUUUCAUUUAGUUAUUUUUUAUGUCUGCUUUGAUUUGAUAUUAAUGUAACUUUUAUGGUUGUUAUCAGGAAUGGUUUUAAGCCUAGAUUUCAUGGUAAAGCUCUUUGCUUUCUCAUGGGUUUAUUUUUUGUUUGCAUUUAAAGUUUUCUAAGACAUAAAUUGAAGCCUAAAUGCCUAUUUACAAGCUUGAUAUUGCUGUUGUGGGUUAUGAUUUAAUGAUCUAAAAUGUUUCUAUUUUAGUUCAAUGUGAGGAGUAUUCAGUUUUUUUUAAAGAAAUGCUGUUAAAACCAUUUUAGUGGUCUCCUUGGAAAAUUCUCUUCUCAAAAGAAGUUUUUGAGAGGUACCUUAAAGUUUGGAUUCUUUUUAUCUUGUCGUGCUGGUGAAAUUUUUUGCUUUUUGAUGAUUGAAAUGACCAAUAGCCUUGAAUAUAAUAAGAAUAUUAAAGCAACUAUUUUGAUAAUUAUUAUGUGGUAGAUAGAUUACAAUGUAGAAUAUCACUUUUCUAUGUGGGAAAGUGGGUUGUCACAUCAUAUGAACUGGUGUUGUUGAAUAUGAGUCUCAAUUCUUGGGCAAGCUGUAGGCACCACUGCUUUAUGGAGGCUUUCCUGUGAGCAAGUUGUAAUUCUGAAACACUAAGAGCCUAUGGAACCUAAUGGUGAUAGGAGAGUGAGGAGAAGGGAUCAUCUUGCCCAAAAAAAUGGAGAUGCUUAUUUAUCUUGUUCCGUUGAUGAACUAGAUCCAUGGACUGCAUGGGCAUACAAACCUCGUACUGUUUCAUUAUUAUUUAUUGGUGCAUGCUUUCUUAUAUGGGCAAGUGGAGCUCUUGACCCUGAGAUCAGCGAAUCUGGUGAUCUUGUGACAUCUGUAAAAAGGGGUUUAUGGGCAAUGAUUGCAGUUUUUCUUGCUUAUUGCUUGCUGCAGGCUCCUUCUACGGUCCUUAUUCGGCCACAUCCUGCAAUUUGGCGUUUAGUUCAUGGAAUGGCUGUUGUUUACCUUGUUGCACUCACAUUUUUGCUUUUUCAGAAGCGUGAUGAUGCUAGGCAAUUCAUGAAGUUUCUCCAUCCUGACCUUGGUGUAGAGCUUCCAGAAAGAUCAUAUGGUGCCGAUUGUCGCAUAUAUAUUCCUGAAAAUCCCUCUAGCAGGUUUAAGAAUGUUUAUGAAACGCUGUUUGAUGAAUUUGUUCUAGCCCACAUCUUUGGUUGGUGGGGCAAGGCCAUUUUAAUCCGCAAUCAGCCACUUCUCUGGGUCCUCUCAAUUGGAUUUGAGUUGAUGGAGUUUACCUUCCGACACAUGCUACCCAACUUUAAUGAGUGCUGGUGGGACAGCAUUAUUCUUGAUAUUUUGAUGUGUAAUUGGUUUGGUAUUUGGGCUGGAAUGCAUACUGUUAGGUACUUUGACGGGAGAACUUAUGAGUGGGUUGGUAUAAGUCGCCAGCCUAACAUCAUUGGCAAAGUUAAACGAACAUUAGGACAAUUUACACCAGCACAUUGGGACAAAGAUGAAUGGUACCCCCUGCUUGGUCCAUGGCGAUUCAUUCAAGUUCUCAGCCUUUGCAUUGUUUUCUUGACAGUAGAACUUAAUACAUUCUUUCUAAAGUUUUGUCUCUGGAUUCCUCCUCGAAACCCUGUGAUUGUGUAUAGGUUGAUCUUGUGGUGGCUAAUAGCAAUACCAACAAUUCGUGAGUACAAUUCAUACCUCCAAGACCGAAAACCAGUGAAAAAGGUUGGAGCAUUUUGUUGGCUUUCCCUUGCAAUUUGCAUUGUUGAGCUUCUCAUUUGCAUCAAGUUUGGACAUGGUUUAUAUCCCAAGCCGAUGCCAAAAUGGUUGGUAAUUUUCUGGUUGUCCAUCGGAGCGGCUCUUGUUUUAUUCAUUCUCAUAUGGUCUUGGAAACUGCAGCAGAGCUACAGCAAAAAGAGACGAUAAUUUUGGAAAUGCAGAACAUUAUUCUUUGGUUACUUACUGUUGAUGUGAGUACCCCUCAAUUGUCUGUAAAUGCGAAUAUCACUGCAUAAAUUGUAAAUGCUUAUAACUUAGGUAUUGGAUCUCAGAUUCAAGUUCAAGAUAUUGAUUCUUUGUUGUUAGGAUAGUUAGAGAAAUGCUUGUAUGUUGAAGCUCGCAAGUUCUGACUUUGCCACCAUUUACCAAUGGGGCAAAAUUUUCCGAACUUGUCUUGAGUAUCAACUGAUUCAGAUUUAGAAGCUUUUAAUGAUGUAUUUCUCAUUUUUCA